AUGGCUGACAGUCCGGCGUCGCCCAUCCCGAGGUCCAACUCGGCCUCACCUCCGGCGGCGACCAUCCCAGAUCGCCCAGCCUCCCCGGAGAUACCGCUCACCAUGUCCGCCUCUGCCAUUUUGACAGCUCAGCCUCGAGACGUUGCCUCCGCCUUGGCGAAUGCCGGAGAGUACCCUUCAGAGAAAGUCGUCGUCAAAUUCAAACCUGUCGGAAGCGCCCCUGCUCUUCGGGUUGCGGUAGCCAAGAUAUCCUCUACCCAGACCUUUUCAACAGUCAUCUGGUACCUUCGCAAGAGACUCAAGCUGCAAGAUUCGGAAACCAUUUUUUGCUACGUCAACGACUCCUUCGCGCCCUCUCUCGAUGAAAUAGUCGGCAACCUGCACGCCUGUUUCAAGGACUCAACCGGUCAACUUGUCAUUUCCUACGCUAUGAAUCCAGCCUUUGGCUGA